AUACAUUCUCUCUAAUAAACCCCCUUUCCCCCUUCUCUUUCACUUUAGCAGUUGACCUUUAGAUUAAUAUAAUUGCUCUUUACAACUUUGGGAAGAUCGUUUUUGUUCUGUUGGUAGCAAGAAUGGAAGAUCGCAAGGAGAAAAAUACUCCAUGGCUGUCAGUACCUCAAUUUGGGGACUGGGACCAAAAGGGGAAGCUGCCAGAUUACUCUCACGACUUCUCAAAGGUCAGGGAAAUGAGGAAGCAAAACAAGAGGGAUGUUUCAAGAGCCAGUCUUGGAAAUGAAGAAGACUUCAUUAACCCAACCGCCACCACCGUUAGCACCACUCCUAGCGAUGAUCACCACAAUUACCCGCAAAACCAUCACUCUCCAUCUACAAGAAGGAGAAUCCUCAACUACUUCAGCUGUUGCGUCAAGGCCUAAGUUUUAGGGUUUAAGGCUGGCUUGAAGAUGAUUUUAAAGCUAGAGUCCGAGCUAUGUCGAUGUAGUUAGAGAGCACCCUCGUUCUUUAACCUUGUGUUUUUGUUUUCUCAUCUCUAUUCUAUUCCUCUGCUGCCUCUUCCGCUUUAUCACCACUUGGAUUUUUCAGAUUAUGGAAGAUAAUUUAUGCUAAUCAAACCUGGUGAUGGUUUCAUGUAUCUGAGCUUCCACUUUUCUUGGAUUCUAUGAUGUAUAAUUUGAAUGAAUGUUUUGUUUUUCAAGUAAAA